AUGGUAGUUCACUACAGUCCACCUUGGGCGAAUACCCAUAUAAUCGGUAUUGCGGGUUCUAGCGGCUCUGGGAAGACAUCUUUAGCUGUCAAAAUUGUCAGCGCUUUGAAUUUACCCUGGGUCGUGAUUCUGUCUAUGGAUUCUUUCUAUAAACCACUGGAUCCAGAACAGUCUGCCCAAGCGUUCAGAAAUGAAUAUGACUUCGACUCCCCAAAUUCCAUUGAUUUCGAUAUUCUUGUAGAGAGACUUCGGGACUUGAAGCAAGGGAGAAAGGCGGAGAUACCCGUCUAUUCCUUUGAGAAGCAUCAAAGAGAACCGAAGACAACCACCAUAUAUUCGUGCCAUGUCCUCAUACUUGAGGGCAUCUUUGCUCUCUAUGAUCCUAGAGUUCUAGAGUUACUAGAUAUGAAAAUUUUUGUAGACACGGAUGCAGAUGUCUGUCUUGCAAGAAGACUUGCGCGUGACGUCAAAUACCGAGGCAGAGAUAUUCAUGGGGCGAUCAAACAGUGGACUACCUGGGUUAAGCCCAACUUCGAGCUUUUUGUGGAACCGCAGAAGAAGAACGCUGAUAUCAUGGUUCCUCGCGGGAUUGAAAACACAAUCGCGAUGCAAAUGAUAGUGAAACACAUUCAAAGGGCCCUCCUAAACAAAUCUAAGGAGCAUGUCAAAGCACUCCGAGCUCUCGGUCAAGGCCACGACGCAGAUGAGCCACUCCCGCCAAGUGUCAAAGUCCUUCCAAACUCGCCGCAACUUCAAGGUAUGCAUACAAUUAUUCACGACACGGAUACAUCACGCGAAGAUUUCAUAUUCUACUUUGAUCGUGUCGCUGCCCUUCUCGUAGAAAAGGGCAUGGACCACCUUGCUUUCAAACAAAAGGAAGUGAAAACUCCUCAAGGGAAUAAGUACUCCGGCCUGGAACUUUCUCGGGACGUCAGUGCAGUUGUCAUACUCAGAUCUGGGGGUGCUCUUGAAGUUGGUCUUACAAGGGUUGUCCCUGAUGCCAGGAUUGGAAGGUUACUGAUUCAGUCUAAUGUGCGUACCGGAGAGCCGGAACUACAUUAUCAGAAACUUCCAUCGACUUUGAUACAUGACAGUGUCUUGGUUUUAGACCCGCAAAUCACAACCGGGGCAGGAGCCUUGAUGGCCGUGACAGUUCUCAAAGAUUACGGAGUUGAAGAGGACCGUAUUGUCUUUGUAACUUACUUGGCUAGCAUGGUUGGCUUGCGUAGAUUAACAAAGGUUUUCCCGGGGGUAAAGGUAAUUGUCGGGAAAGUCGAGGAUGGUUUUGAGAGGAGGUUCAUCGACGAGAGGUACUUCGGGAGCUAG